AUGCGACUGUCUCUGCCCAAUGCCCGUGUGUCUCGCAGUUGUGAAUUUCUGGCGGCCGCCCAGAAAGGCGAAGCUCAGCUAUCGCUCGACAGCGCCAGCUUUGCCGUUCCGGGUGCAACUACGGCCAAGGGCGACGGGACCUGCAUGGUUCAAGGGCCAAUGGCGCUCCCCGGACCGCCCGCCGGACCCUUACUUUGUCUAGGGUGGGCGCUGGGCAAUGGCGAUCGGCCUCUUCGACGACGGGUUCGCCUUCGGUUCGCCCACGGGAUUGGAGCGCACGGUGAGAGCAAAUGA